GAAGCACUAAUUUGCACUGCCGAUGUUAAAAUGGCUUUGGGCCACUAGAGGCCUCUAUCAUUCUUUAUGUCUACCACCCAGCGUUCACUGUCGGUAGCGCCACUGUUGAGAGGGAGCUGUCGCUAACAGGAAGAUAGAACAUCGGUCGGUGGCAGCGUUAUUCUUUUUGUCGAAAAUGGAACGAAAAGUAGCUCGAGAAUUUAGGCACAAGGUGGAGCUGCUCAUUGACAAUGAGGCAGAAAAGGAUUACCUGUACGAUGUCCUGCGGAUGUACCACCAGUCCAUGGAGCUGCCAGUGUUGGUGGGGGACCUGAAGCUGGUCAUCAACGAGCCCAGUCGCCUGCCGCUGUUUGAUGCCAUCCGGCCCCUCAUUCCCCUCAAACACCAGGUGGAGUACGACCUGCUCACCCCCAAGAGGUCACGUAAGCUGAAGGAGGUGCGUCUGGAUCGUACUCAUCCUGAGGGUCUGGGUCUGAGUGUGAGAGGGGGCCUGGAGUUCGGCUGUGGACUCUUCAUCUCACAGAUCGUCAAGGAUGGACAGGCUGGAAACAGUGGCCUGCAGAUGGGAGAUGAGAUUGUCCGCAUCAAUGGAUACGCCAUCUCUUCCUGUAUCCACGAGGAAGUCAUCAACCUCAUCAAGACCAAGAAAAUCGUGUCGCUCAAAGUCAGGCAGGUUGGGAUGAUACCAGUGAAGAGUUCCACAGAGGAGCCUCUGAAGUGGCAGUUCGUGGACCAAUUUGUGUCUGAUUCUGGGGAGAAGAAGGGCAGUGUGGCAGGCCUGGCAUCCAUGGGAGGGAAGGAGAUCAAGGAGAAGAAGGUGUUCCUGAGCCUGGUGGGCACCAAGGGCAUGGGCGUCAGCAUCUCCAGUGGCCCCACACAGAAGCCUGGCAUCUACAUCAGUAACGUUAAAUCUGGCUCCCUCGCUGCUGAAGUAGGACUACAGAUUGGUGACCAGAUCGUGGAGGUGAACGGGGUGGAAUUCACCAAUCUGGACCACAAAGAGGCUGUAAGAGUUCUGAAGAGUAGCAGGAGUCUAACCAUCACAGUUCUCACUGGCGCUGGCAGUGAGUUGUUUAUGACAGACGAGGAGCGUCUGGCGGUGGAGGCUCGCAGGGAGCUGGACAGACGAGAGUUGAUGCACCAGAAAAGGGUUGCCCUGGAGACUAACAAGAUGGUCAAGGAGCAGCAGGAGAAAGAGAGGCAGAGAAAGAUGGAGAUUUCUCAGAAGACUGCUGAGGAAGAGGAACGCUAUCGGAAGGAGAUGGAGAAGAUCGAGGCUGCGGAGAGGAAGCACCACAGGGAGUGGGAGGAGGACUGGGCGCCUAGAGAGCAACCCAAAACCAAGAGUCCCUCGCCGGCCCCGCCCGAAAUCAACACCCCACCCCCCAAGUCCAAGAACUCUGACAUCGGAGCAAGCUCUUUUCAGGCUGACGACAACGAUGAAGAGCAGCAGCAGGAGGAGGAGGAAGAGGGGAGUGAAGGCUUUCAGAAAUAUGUGGAAGACUUUGAUCCCCACUCCAUGUUCUCCUCGGAACAGAUAGCUGGGCGAGACGUGAGACUACUGAGAAUCAAAAAGGUUGGACCACUUGAUCUGGCUGUGGAGGGGGGAGUAGACUCCCCUCUGGGAAAGCUAGUGGUAUCUGCCAUUUAUGAUGGAGGCUCGGCAGACAAACAUGGUGGGAUAGUACCAGGAGAUGAGGUGAUGGCUGUGAAUGGGAAGAUCCUGACCGACGCCUCACUGACAGAAGGACAAAACUCUCUGACCCGGGCCUGGAACAGUGGAGGGGAUUGGAUUGACCUGGUGAUAGCAGUGUCACCUCCAAAAGAGUAUGAAGAUGAGGUCCCGAAGUCAACAUCAGUCAGUCCUACUGUGAACAGAAAGGUGUUUGAAGGCAGUGCAUCAGUGUACAGACAAGGCUACCGGCUCCAGUUUUAGCCCUAGCCUCCCACCCUGCACACCCCCACCUGACGUUCUUCUGAGAGUCACCCGACCACCAGCCUGCCAAACAAGCCAUACCCACCAACCAGGAACCAUCGUUCUCAUUCCCUCUUGACAUUUGACCUAUUUUAUCACUAUUGACAGCAAGUCUGUUGAACCAGAACCACGCUGUGAUGUACUACAUGUGAACCGUCUAGAAUGUGAAGGAGACUGGUUCAUCCUCUGUUGAGUUCCAUUUAGAUCCCUGUACAGAUACUUCCUGAAGAAGCUAGAGGGUUGUGACAUCACUACGUACUACUCUUGAGUCAAUAUUCACGUCAUAAGAAGGAAUUCGCCUCGGGCCCACGCACAAAUUGGGGAAAAACAAAACAUUUUUUCCAAUUGAACCUCAUUAUAAAAGAGACGACUUCAUCGUCAGUUUUUUGUUGUUGUUAUACAUACGUUUAAAAAAAUGACGAAAAACUGCUGUGUUGUUCAAUGUACCAGGUCAAAAAUCCAGACCUAUGGUUUGUAAUACUUCCACGUAGGGAAAUCUUUCUGCUUGAGAGGGGGUCAAUUACUUAUUUCCCUCAUUAAAAUGCAAAUCGAUUUAUAACAUUUUUGACAUGCGUUUUUUUCUGGAUUUUUUUAUUGUUAUUCUGUCUCUCACUGUUCAAAUAAACCUAGCAUUAAAAUUAUAGAUUGAUCAUUUCUUUGUAAGUGGGCAAAUGUACAAAAUCAGCAGUGGAUAAAAUACUUUUUUCCCUCACUGUAACUGAAAAGACUGGUACCCGGACUAUAUAUUUAGAGUUGAGACAACUUUUACAAUUUCAAAUAUGGUUUUAAUUCUAGACAUUCAGUUCCAUAGCGUUAUUUAAAUAUUCCUCAUGUAAUGUUAAGGUAGCUGUCCAGUGUUUCCAGAUGUCUAUGAAAUAUGCCCUAUAAUUACUUACAAUAUGAGUGAAAUAGUUUUCUUCCAAAAAGUGGUAAUGUUUAAAAAAAAAAAACUUUUCUGUGUUGGAAUAGUGUGGGCGUACCCCAACAACAGAAUGGUGUCAGCGUAUACCUGUCAUUAAAAAUAUUAAUGUGAGUAGAGGGCUGAUUGGCCAGCUCAUUCUCCUCAGGAGGAUGACCUCAUACUUUAUGAGGAAACAGCAAGCAUUUUAGAAACGGUCUGUUUGAGAUACAAGUUUGUGUUUUUUCUCCAAUUUAUGCUUUGGCCACAAUCAAGUACAGGACGAGUCAGCAACAUUAUUUGGGUAUGAGUAAACAGAAUAUGAACUUUUAAAAGUGAGAUGUUCACUGGACGGUUACUUUAAUGGGUCGCUAACAUGGUGUCCAUAUCAUUUUGAUUUGUCAUGUAAAUGCAUCAUAAUGCAGAAAUGUCAAUGUCCCAACUAAUUACAUAGCUAUGUUCCCCAUUCUUCUCAUUCUAGUACACUACAGCAAAGGAACACAGUUGUGAAAAACUGAACUCUGACGCUGAGGGCCAUCGGUGUCAACAAGUUUUGAUCCUCUGAGUUUAGUUAAAUGCUAAGUGCAUCUCAAUGAGCUUCUAGUAUGCCAUAAGCCCCCAGUUAUAGGUGAAAUUACACUCCUAAAUCUCCAAUGAAAGGUGUUUGAGCUUAUCUGUAUUCAGUUAGAGUAGCAGGAGCAGACCCACAGGCCCUGCAGGCACACUGUGAUGUAAUUAAUAUCCCUAUUUGAAAUCAAUGCUCUCUCAGAAUCAAUAAAGGUAUGUGUUUACUUGGA